AUGCAGCUAUUCCUAAUAGCAAUCCCCCUCUGCCAUGCACUAGUCGCAGAACCCUCCAUCCUGGAAGUCGAUGUCGCCAUCAUCGGCGGUGGCCUAUCGGGACUCUCUACCGCCAAAAGUCUCGCGGGAGUCAACAAAUCCUUUGUCAUACUGGAAGCACGAGACCGAGUCGGUGGUCGCGUGCUCAAUGCCAACAUGACAGGAAAGAGCAUCCAAGAGCUAGGCGCCGCAUACGUUGGACCAACACAAAACCGCGUGCUGGCUCUCGCAGCCGAACUCGGUCUACCAACCUAUAAGACAUACACGGUGGGGAAUUCUACUUUCUAUCGAAACAGCACGGCGCGUCAUUAUCAAGACAGCCUAGGCGGUAUUCCCCCGGUGGGGUUAGACUCCCUUGUUGAACUUGCACUCUUCAUGAACGACAUCAAUACCCUAGCGAGCAAAGUCGACCUAGAAGCACCAUGGAAUACCCCGAAUGCCACGGCACUGGACUCAAUGACUCUAGAAACAUACGUCAACUCUCGACUAUCCACCGCCGACUCUCGCGUUCUCCUCAACGUUGCCAUCCCAGCCAUUCUAUCGACCGAAAUGGGAGAACCGUCUCUGUUGUAUGCGCUGUGGUGUAUAGCCGCCGCCGGAGACGAAUCGGGACCUGGAACUAUCAACCGUCUCAUUGGAGUCGACGGCGGUGCACAGGAUAGCCGAGUGAGUGGUGGAACGCAAUUACUGGCAACAUUACUCGCCGAGAGACUCGGUUCACAAAACAUCUACCUCAACACACCGGUACGCAAAGUCCAGCUCAAAGAAUCCCGCUACCUCGUCUCGUCAGAUAAUGUCACCAUCUCAGCCCGACAUGUCGUCGUCGCCAUGUCCCCGACUCUAGUAAGCCGCAUUACAUUCGACCCCCUCUUGCCCGCCGGACGAGAUCAAUUAAACCAGCGCAUGCCAAUGGGCGCACUUGGCAAAGCCAUCGCUAUCUUCCCGAGCGCCUGGUGGCGAGACGAGGGACUGAAUGGCGAAGGAGUGAGUGACACCGGUGCGAUCCGAGUGACAUACGACAACUCACCGACUGAUGGAUCGUUUGGAGCGAUGAUGGGGUUUAUUGAGGCGGAUGAGAUGCGCAAACUAGAUACUGCGAGCGAAGACGAGGUCAAGCGCCAAGUCAUGCAGAGUUUUGCGAAUCUCUUUGGUCCUCGCGUAGAAAAUGCUACUGAUGUCCUUAUUCAGAGAUGGGAUCUUGAGGAGUUCUCCCGUGGUGGUCCUAGUGCUUUCAUGCCGCCGGGGGUUUUGACUCAGUAUGGGCCUUAUUUACGGGCUCCGGCUGGGAGGAUCCAUUUUGCUGGAACUGAGACUUCUCUAAGGUGGAUUGGUUAUAUGGAUGGGGCUAUUAGUUCGGGGGAGCGCGUUGCUGGGGAGAUAUUGGAGAAUUGGUGA